AUGGUGGAGGACUGGUGGUACUAUGCAAUAAAAGUCUACAUAUACAUAGCAAAGACUAGAGAAGUGAAGGCAACAGUUUUCUCAUUUGUAUUCCUCUUGAGUAUACGCUCAACCUUAGCAUCCGACCCAGAUCCUGCUCAAGACUUUUGCAUUCCGGAAACAAAACCGAUAAGGUCAUCCCAUCUCACAAAUUUCUCAUGCAAGAAUUCAUCAGAAGCAACAGUCAACGAUUUCAUAUUUUCAGAUGUAAAGCAUGCUGGUAACUUCUCUGCAACAGGAAUUUCAGCAACACCGGUGAACCCGACAAAUUUUCCGGGACUAAACACGCUGGGAAUGUCAUUUGUUCGAGCAGACCUUGAUGUGGGAGGUAUUAACGCUCCACAUUUCCACCCGCGAGCAACUGAGGUUGCACUAGUUUUAGAAGGAACUAUUUAUUCGGGAUUUGUAGACACUUCAAACCGGAUUUUUGCAAAAGUGAUCAACAAAGGAGAAGUUAUGGUCUUUCCUAAAGGCCUAGUUCACUUCCAAAUGAAUGUCGGGGAUUCACCUGCAACGAUAUUUGGGAGUUUUAAUAGUCAAAAUCCAGGACUAAUGAGAAUUUCCACUGCUAUAUUUGGAUCUGGGAUUAAUGAAGAACUCUUGGAGAAGUCUUUUGGAUUGACUGUUAGAGAGAUUGAAAGUUUAAGGAGAAGGUUCAUGCCAAAACCAUAGUUUGAGUUUUCACUACUCAAGCAACUAUUUUGCGUCUUUUAAAAACUCACUAGCAAAUGCCAACCGGAAAUGCUCAUUGUCCUACCAGCUCAAGGGUAGGGGAGGAGGAGCGUAUCCGGAGUUUUCUUCUUCCGGCUAAGAGUUCACAUUCUGCAGCACUAGCACUAUACCAACAGAUGUAGAAUACGAAGUUGUCAAUUUUUUUUCCUGUUCUAGUUCAUCCUAAUUUUUUCAGCGAGUUUGUUAUCCAUAUUAGCCGUGUUGAUUAUGUGAAAGUUUAUUUGGGAACGUAGACUGUGCCACUUAAUGGAAAGAUUAGCCAGUGCUUGGUAA